AUGCUUGUGCAGAAGAAUGCAAUCAAAUCACGAGGCCUGGCUUUUUGCGGGACUCUUCUAUUCUUAUGCAUGGUUCUGGAUAGGGUGCAUUGCGCAGCCCAUACCCCUCCACAAGGCCCGUCCUGUGCGAGCCACGAAGUUCUUUUUAAGGACAGGGUAGAAUCCUACGUAAAAGAAACCACUGCCGUAUACAAAGUCAUGCGGGAGAUUAACCGAAGAAACCUUCUAGGCAGAAAAAAGCAGGUGACUACGUCCUGCCGCAACUACCUUCUAAACCCUCCGUGGACCUGCAUGCAAGGCGCUCUCCACCGGCCCGAUACUAUGAGCUUUUUUGCCAUAAACGAGUUUGACACUUCGACCACAAUAGGCCUGGUCUUCGACAGAGACGUCUUAAAACCCCGAUCUGAGCUAAACUGGGCGAUUACACGCUGUUUUCACAAAAAAAAAUCCAAGCCCGCGGUCUCUUUCAUCCCGAAGGACAGAAAGCCCAAAAGCAAGCUCUUGUCCUCGCUGGCCCAUCUGGGAAACGCCUUUGGGCUUAUCAUGCUCGGGUUUGUUGAGUACCCGCUAAAAACAAACCACAUGUUUGCCCUCGACACAAACCCUUCUCUGAUGAGUCAGUGCGUGUACGACUACAUGACCACGGAGAUGGCCAUGCCGAAAGCCAACACAUGGCACAACAUGUGCGUUAUUCGAAACAGCUUCACGGACAAGGAUUAUGUGCGGCUGGAGUACAGGCAGGAGGACUCGGACAGCAUAGCGAGCAUCCGCAUCGGCAAGCACCACCCUCUUUUAAGAACUCUGCUUUUUGUCUUUUCCGGCGGACACCUUCCAGAGUCUGUCUCGUGCAGCGAAAAAGCCACCGAAAGAAUAUACACAGAUCCCCCCAUAGAGUCUGACCGUGAAAUUCACGUGGAAAUAGUGAGGUGUGUGCAGCUCCUGGCGAGCACGUACGCGCAGAAAGGCAUCGCCGAUAAAAUCGAAAAAGUUGCAGAAAUGGGGGCAGGAAUGUGCAUAUUCAAGCUGCAGGCCAUGCUGCACGAGGCCAUCAAAAACGGCCUCACAAAGAAGUGCAUUGAUGCGCUUGUCGAAAUAUUCCAGCAGCCUGAACAACUUUCUCUUGUGACUGUGCAGGGAGACAUCAGCCACAUGCACUUGUUUGAGUACUCGAAAGACUACACGGUCGUUUCAAAGAACGACCCGGGAAACACGAGACGGCCCAGGGCCAUCUUAGAGAACGAAGACGCGCCGUACCUGCAGCCACUGCCUGAGAAGGCCAGCCCAGAUGCGCCUCUCGAAGGCCCUCUUUCCUCCGCCCCAGAACAGGAUGUUUUGGGCGGCUCUGAAGGAAUGUGCCUUUCCAUGUGGAAUGACCCAAGCGAGGCGCACGUUGUUUGGGUGCAGGUGGAGGAAACACCCAACGCCAAGCCGCUAAUAAUCCCGUAUCACGUGCAAGGAGAGGAGUUUCGGGAAAUUCUGCAAUACUUAAUGUGCCCAUUGUCAAACCAAGCUAUUAAAGAGACCCAGACAAGAUGCAUCGCAUAUGCCAUGAAUCAGAGGGCGGCGUUCUCUCUCGCGUACCUCGACCUUCUCUGCGCGCUUCCCACGGAGGAGCACAAGCUCACACAUGAGAGCGCCAAGCAAGUCAUGGAAGACCUUGUGAAAAGAGAGGCUGACCUGGCCGAUCGAAUGCAGGAGCUUAGAAAAGCGUGCACCACGGACAAAAACAAGAACAAAGUGUACAGAGUUUUGCCGCCCAAGGAGAAAAUAGAGGUCUUCAACAACCUGUAUUUGACUCGGGCUGAGGCGAGGGAAAGCGCUGAGAUAAGAAACACCCUCAAAGCAGACUCUGUGGAUAAACUGUUAAAAGAGCCGCACAGACACCUGGACAUGUUUGGAGAGUACCCGCACGAGCCCACCCGCAUAAAGUACGCCGAGUAG